AUGGCCGACGAGGACCCGAGUCCCGUGUUUUGGGAGAGCCAUGUGUAUAACAAAUCCGAUAUUAAAAAAAUAAAAGACAAUGGAUUUAGCUAUUACGAUGAUGCAACAAUUUUCAGGUAUCUGUUUUAUAGUUGGUUCAACAAAUGGGCUGUUUCGCUCUCAAGAAAAUAUAUGGAACCAUAUAAGGUACACCCCGUACAAGUUUCAGAUCAAAUUUUAAAAUGGGAACCAAUAUUUUCUAAACAUAUCAGUGAUGGUUUGGUCAGAUUGGACCGUUAUGAGGCCACUAAGUCCAACAAGAAGCCUGUUAAGCCAUACAGAUCCAUUCUGCUUCGAGCCAUACUGUUAACUUGCUGGAAAAGAGUUACUGUUUUGUUUUCAGUGCUAGUGUUUGGCAUCGUUCUGAGUCUUAGCAUAUCCAUUUUAGUCCAAAAAUUGCUUCAGAUCGUAAACGAACCAUCGACACAUAUAGCCAAAACGAUACUGAUGGUUUACAUACUUUAUUACUUGUACGGUAUCGUGCCCUUCAGCUACUCUAUUUGUCACAGGCGUUAUUAUUACAACAACAUCGAAGGAUCCAAUCUCUUGAACACUUGCAAUGAGGUACUGCACAGCUGUUCGCCCGAUUCAAAGUGCUCCAAGAAUCCAUUAUACUGCCCAGCUUUGCGUCAUCAAGACAAGGAAAUGAGUCCCAAGGUAUUCACAUAUGUGUUUUAUGACUCUUUUCAAAUGGCACUGGCGUUCGAGUCGACCAGAUUUAUUGUUGAGUUCUUAACGAAUUUUAUGUAUGGAGUUUAUCUUAUGUCGAAACACGUAAAGGCCAACUUGUGGGUACUAUAUGUUACAGGAGCUUUGUUCCUGGUAUUUAUGGUUACCAUAGAGAUUUUUAAUGCCGUUGUAUUUAAGUUUAUAUUAUUCAUGAGAGAUUAUAAACUAACGAAGUACAAUAACAUCCUUGGAAGACUAAGUAAUAUUCAGAAAAUGUUCAGUGACGACAUUGGAUAUAAUAUUAUUACACGGACCAGGAACGACGAGCUGUCUCUAAUUUUUAUUAAGAUUGCCAUCACGUUCAUUAACAUGUGUCUGUACAGCACCUCAAUUAACGUAUCUUUUUAUAUCAUUAAGAGGUACUUCGUUAAGUCGGUGAAUGAUGCCAAUGUUAUUACUGAUAUAGAUACCGCCGGAUUCAUAACAACGUUUUAUAUAUACAUGAGAAUAGUAUCUUCAAUGUUUUUAAUUCCUAGGUCCAUAAACAUCGUCGGAAUGGCAUAUGCAUCCUAUAGAAGGUUGAAUAAGUUCCUCUCUAACUGUUCGCCAAACUUUUAUAUCAGUGUCAAUAGGUUUACUGGUUCCACUCGGACGUCCACCCACAUUACUAGCACCACCAACCAAAUCCCUAAUGAUGUUGUUGUAUACUAUAAGCACGCCACAUUUACAUGGGUCUGCUCUAGACGUGAUCUACUAAACAAGAACUACGAACCUUAUUUGAAAAAUAUAAACUUUGAGUUGAAACGUGGCGAGAUGGCCAUUGUCACUGGUUCCAAAGGCUCUGGUAAAUCUAACUUUGUAAAAUCAAUGCUUGGUGAGAUGACCCUAGUUGGGGGCUCUAUGGCUGUUGUACCACUACACACCUCAAUGCCCAUAUUUUAUGCAUCGCAGGAUAUUUUUCUGCAACAGGGUACCAUUAGAUCCAACAUUGUGUUUGGUCAUCGUUUCGAUGAAAACCUGUAUAAAACUGUGUUGAGUGCAGUUGAACUUGAGUAUGACAUAUCAACCUGGGAGAAGGGUGACCUCCGACUAUUGUCAGACAAUGCACCUUCAUUGAGCGGAGGUCAACGUGUAAGGAUGGAGUUGGCUAGAGCAGUGUAUGCUUAUUUGGUGUUCCAUCAAGUCAACAAGGAGUACAACAACAGCCAGUGUUCAUUCUUGAUGUGUUUGGACGCCUCGUUUCACGGUUUAGAUCCAUAUGUGUCCAAAACUAUAUUCAAUAACCUGUUUAACGUAAAAACUGGUAUAUUGGUAAAGGAUGACCUGUCAGUAGUUUUGACAAUCUCUAAACAGGGUCUCGACAAGUGCACUAAAUCAUGUAAUAUAAUUCAAUUUCCCAAUCCACCCAUUUAUAACAUUAAAGACAAGGGAUGUGAUUUCUUGAAUACCCUGCACGACUUUAUUAAGACCAAGAAACACGAAGGCGACUUCAAGUAUUUAACAUCGGCUAGAAGCGGCCCUUACGAUUUGAAUAGCUUAACAAAUGAUAUGGUAGGUCUUUGUUUAUCUGACAAUUCCAUGUCGAGUCGUGCCCAGUUAAACAAACAACUAUACAGGGAUUCAUUUGUAAAAUACGAAAAAAAUCUAUUUAGAAAACUUCGGUUCAAGCCGUAUGUUAUGUUCAUGAAGCCCGCUGCAGUUAUAUUCGCGGUAUACAUAAUACUGACAGUGGCAUUAAACAUAUUAGAUUACGUAAAAUUUGUUCUGUCUACCAACUUAUCAGACUACAUAACCAAGAAUAUUAACGACUACAAUAAGGGAGAUUUAGUAGAUCUUGCUGAAAUUAAAUUGCGUAGUAAUUCAGCACUGAAACUUACAGUCAUAUUCGUAUCAAUAAUUAUCACGUUGUCCAUUUUAGCCACGGUCGCACUAACAGCAGGAUCUAUAGUAUCAUGUCGGAAGCUUCAUGAAUACUCCCUCAAUGCAAUUUUCAACUAUAGGUCAGCGGUAGUCAAAAUUAAGAAACAUAUUAAUCAAGUUAUAACUUUCCUGUCUUGUGAUAUUAUGAUUACAGAUGAUAUCGCUGGAUUAUUUACUGCUUUAUUAUUAUUUUCCUUCAUUCAGACCGUAACAAACGUUAUUACCUUGUUCUAUGUAAUUCCCAUAUCAGUUCCUUUCAUUCUUCUCACUCUGGUUCUGAUAUACAUGUAUAUUAUGAGGAGGUAUAUAGGUGCUACGGUGAACUUACAUUUUGGGUUAUUGGAGGCCCAAUCUCAAAUGAACUGUGUAAUAGAACGUGCCAUAUCAGGAGGUUCUGUUUACAGAAGCUUCAAUAGAAAUUCAGACUUGCUCAGAGAUUUCCUGGAACAAAGUGAUUAUAAAGUCAGAACUAAAUAUCUCUUCGGUGCAGCCGUUUCCUGGUCCACAAUAUUGUUCACUUGGAUAUUCUCGCUAAACACAUUCAUUAUACUGGUUAUACCAAUCAUGCUAGACAAAUACACGAAAUACAAGAUGACCGUAGGUUAUUUUGGUUUGGCACUAUCCCUUUCUAUGAAUGUGAUCAAAUCUUUCAGCAACUUUUCGGUUAUGUAUGGAUGUACUCAAACAACUAUCAGUUCAAUCGAUAGGUUCCAGUGCUUCAUUCCUAUGGACCACAAGCUUAAGUUCGAUAAAUGUCCUAACACCCAUGAAGAAUACCUAGUUAAUCCUUCGAAUAAGGAUCUUACCGGUGUUGACAAAAAACAAUUGAUAAGUAGAAGGGCUAUUGAGUUCAAAACCGAUAACAAGAAGUUUUACGGAUUGAGGAAGCUAUUCUAUAAUCCUAAAAUACAUAUACUCGAUGUUGGCCUUUACCUAAAUUCUGAUCAUUCAGGAGUUGAAUUGAGGGAUGUUUAUGUGUACACAACGCCAGAGCUCAACGCUGAAGGUAUGAUUUUGAAAAAUAUUACGGUGGCAGCCCAUAAAGCAGAGAUUAUUGGUAUAGUAGGAAGAUCGGGUGCUGGCAAGACAACCCUGUUGUCAGUACUACAGAACAUAAUUGACAACAGAACAGGUCAGGUGUUGUUGGAUGGUAAAGAAUUGAAUGAUAUCCCCAAGGUUGUCCUCAGACAGGUUAUCGGUGUGUUGCCACAACUACCCUUUGUAUUUAAGGGAUGGACUAUUAGGGGGUUUUUAGAUCCCAGAAAGCUGUUCAGUGACGCCGAUAUCAGUAUCGCCUUGGAUAAGUGUGGUCUUUUGAACUUCGUUAACGAGCUUCCUGGAGCUAAUAAGUUGGAUAGUAUUUUGGUACCUGAGGAGCCUCUUUUGUAUCAUCAGAAAACAAAAGGUGCUCAAUCCAUCACAAAGAAAUAUACUAAACCUGGAGAUGAAAGUGAUAUGUUACUGUCCAAUACUCAACUCAGAACUCUUUCAUUGGCUAGACUUGUGCUGUAUAGACACUUCUAUAGGCUUAUAGUAGUUGAUGAGCCCCCAGAGGAAGAUCCAGAGGCCGCCGCUGCUAAAAAGGACGACCUUGCAGUUCCAAUUUAUGAGCUCUUACAGAAACACUUCAGCCACUGUACCACGUUUGUCACAGCACAUGAUGUUAACGUCUUAAAAACAUGUACCUCGGUAUGGGUUAUACACGAGGGUUCACUAGUAAAAACUUGUAAAGCCAGCGACGUAUCAGCAAACGAAUCAAUAGCAUCAAUUAUUGAAGAAAAUGUUAAGAAAAGUUAA